CCACACGACACACACACUUGCAAAUAUACGCACAUGCAUGCACGCAGGAGUUUGUUGUGUCGCGUCGCGCUAAAUCUACGAAACGAACGAAAAAAUGUUAAAAAUUCUGUGCUUGCGCUCAAUGUAAUUUCCAAUUGGCGAUCAAUCCCUAAAUAGUGAAAAAUAUGUCCAAUUGGCUUGAGAUCGACUUAAUUGUGAAUAAAUAUAAUUGACAUUUCGAUACAUACACAAACACAUACAUGCAAACAUCUCUGCGAAGGGGGCAGAACACUGAAAAACUGGUAUAUAAAAGACGACGCCAAAUGAAAAAGACAGCGCGCGCGAGCGAGAGAGAUAAAACAGUAGUAGUAUACUUCGGGUAUUAUUUUUUACUAAUAGCCAAUUGCAUUGGUAAAACGAAAAUUUGCCCAAAAUCAACGACACGACAUUAUCUCUAACGUAAUGUCACAACACAAUAAUCAACCGCAUUCGCAUUCGCAUCAGCAUCAACAACAACAUCUCCACUACUAUCAGCAGCAGCAGCAACAUCAGCUACAGCAACAACAGCAACAACACCAGCAGCAUCAGCAUUUACAACAUAAACAAAUACAGCAGCACAGUUGGUACUCACAUGUUGCUUCCUACCCGCCCCAACAGCCGCACCCGUAUGCGACACCCUGCAAGAGCGGCAACAACAACAACAAUAACAUUAUGAAUGCAUACGGAGCGGGUGGGACGCACUAUUACGGGGCUGCUACUGCUACUGCUGCUGCGGGGGUGGGAUAUAACCUUGAAGCUAAUACUGUGGCCUAUGCGCACAACCAGCUGCUGCAAUACCAGCAAGAACAACAACAACAGCAGCAACAUCAACAACAGCAGCAACAUCAACAACAGCACACCAGUCAACGCUCGUAUAUGCCGCACAGCAUAAUGCACAGCUCCUAUCCAUAUAUUAAGAGCGAGCCAUUGGAGCUGCCCGACGAAAGACAACGCCAUCAACAACAUCAAACGCACCAGCAGCAGCAGCCGCAGCAUCAACAGCAACAGCAGCACCUACAACAACAUUUUCAAAAUCCAAUGGCACCGCCGCCAGCACCCGCCUCCAAUCGCCACACGCUUGAUGCUAGCGGCGAAAUGAUAAUAAAAUCGGAGCCCAUUGACGAACAUGCGUUCAAGUCCAACUAUAUUGAUGAUAAUACGCCCUUUGCCGAUUUUAGUAAAUUUCCCGAAUUCGGCGACGAAAUGCUGAGUCCAAAGAUGGAGCUAACUGUAAAAGAUGAUGCCUAUGGCAACCAAAAGAAUCCGCUCAGCUUUCCUCGCCGAAAGCUGCAAACGGAACGUUCCUCGGAGAGCCUGCCCAUCUGCCAACGCUGCAAGGAGGUGUUCUUUAAGAAACAAAUCUAUUUGCGGCAUGUGGCCGAGAGCAGUUGCACGAUCCAAGAGUACGACUACAAGUGCAAUAUCUGUCCCAUGUCCUUCAUGGGCGCCGAGGAUAUACAGAAGCACAAGCAACUGCACCGCGCUGACAAGUUCUUCUGUCACAAAUACUGUGGCAAGUACUUUGACAAUAUUGCCGAUUGCGAGUCGCAUGAGUACAUGGAACACGACUACGACAGCUUUGUUUGCAAUAUGUGCUCAAUGACAUUUCCUACGCGCGAACAGCUUUACGCCCAUUUGCCGCAGCACAAGUUUCAGCAGCGCUUCGAUUGCCCGAUUUGCCGCUUAUGGUAUCAAACCGCGCUCGAGUUGCACGAGCAUCGCCUAGCGGCCCCAUACUUUUGCGGCAAGUACUAUGCAGCAGCACAUCAGCAACAGCAGCUGUCGGAGCAGAGCAACUACAAACUGCAGGAUUGCCACAUGGGUACGAUAGAGAUGACUGCGUCUCAGCAUAAAGCAAAUGCGUUGCCUGCCACGGCGGCGCUUAGUUCCUUGCUACAUCAGCGUCAAGCGAAUGCUGAUGGUGGCGCCUCCCUCUUUAACUCUUCCUUGAAGAACGAGCCGAGUGUUAAGCUGGAGCGAAGCUACAGCAACUCGACCAGCGAGUCCGGAUAUAGCAUGCACGACAACAGCGGCUACAACAAUGCAUAUGGGAGCGACAACUCGCUGCAUGCGAGCGGCGUUGCAAUCGGUGGACCGCAGGCACAUUCCUCCACGCUGGAUGAAUCGGAAGAUGCGCUGUGCUGCGUGCCAUUGUGUGGAGUGCGCAAAAGCACCAGCCCAACUCUGCAGUUCUUCACGUUUCCCAAGGACGAGAAGUAUCUGCAUCAAUGGCUGCACAAUCUCAAAAUGUUUCACAUACCUGCGUCGAGCUAUGCCAGUUUUCGCAUUUGUAGCAUGCAUUUCCCGAAGCGUUGUAUAAAUCGCUAUUCGCUGUGCUAUUGGGCAGUGCCCACGUUCAACCUGGGCCACGACGAUGUCGCAAAUUUGUAUCAGAAUCGAGAGUUGACCAACACAUUUACCACCGGAGAGGUGGCUCGGUGCAGCAUGCCCAAUUGCACGAGCCAGCGUGGCGAAAGUAAUCUCAAGUUUUACAAUUUUCCGAAAGACAUCAAGAGUCUGAUCAAAUGGUGCCAGAACGCACGUCUGCCCGUCCAGGCCAAAGAGCCGCGUCACUUCUGCAGUCGGCACUUCGAGGAGCGUUGCAUUGGCAAAUUCCGACUGAAACCCUGGGCUGUACCUACGCUCCAUUUGGGAGCUCAGUAUGGCAAGAUUCAUGACAAUCCGAAGAAUCUGUAUGUUGAGGAGAAACGUUGCUGCCUGAACUUUUGUCGCCGCAGUCGCUCCUCGGACUUCAAUAUGUCGCUUUACCGGUUCCCCAGAGAUGAGGUAUUGCUGCGUCGCUGGUGCUAUAACUUGAGACUCGACCCGGCAGUGUAUCGUGGAAAAAAUCACAAAAUUUGCAGUGCUCACUUUAUUAAGGAAGCCCUCGGGUUACGGAAAUUGUCGCCAGGCGCUGUGCCAACUCUACACCUGGGCCACAAUGACACCUUCAACAUCUACGAAAAUGAACUGUGGCCUCCUCCCACGGCCUCGACGCCCACCCAUCAUAAUCAUCAUCAGCAACAACAGCUGCAACAACACCACAUGCAGCAGCAUCAACAGCAGCUGCCGCAGCAGCAGGUUCAUCACAAAUAUCAGAGGCACUCUGCUGCGUCCACUUCCUCGUCGGCCAGCUCUACAUCCCACUAUGUAGAUCCGGAGCUAAGUGCCUCCUACAUGGCCAUGGGCAUGGGCUCUGGCAACUCAUCCUCUGGGCUGAAUGUGAGCGACAGCAUGGACGUCUGCUGUGUGCCCAGCUGCGAAAGCAAGCGACACAACAAUGAGAACAUCACAUUCCAUACGAUACCUAGGCGCCCGGAGCAGAUGCGCAAAUGGUGUCACAAUCUGCGUAUACCCGAGGACAAGAUGCACAAGGGCAUGCGCAUAUGCAGCCUGCAUUUUGAGCCCUAUUGCAUUGGCGGCUGCAUGCGUCCGUUCGCGGUGCCAACGCUGCAUUUGGGCCACGACGAAGAGGACAUUCAUCGCAAUCCGGAUGUAAUCAAGAAGCUGAACAUACGCGAGACCUGUUGCGUGGCAGUGUGCAAACGCAAUCGGGAUCGGGACCACGCCAAUCUGCAUCGUUUUCCCAGCAAUGUGGCGCUGCUAACCAAAUGGUGUGCCAAUUUGCAGCGCACUGUUCCGGAUGGGAUCAAACUCUUCAACGAUGCUAUUUGCGAGGUUCAUUUCGAGGAACGGUGCUUACGUAAUAAGCGGCUAGAGAAGUGGGCAGUGCCCACUCUUAUGCUCGGCCACGAUAACAUUCCCUAUCCUCUUCCCACUCCAGAGCAGGUGGCCGAGUUCUAUGCUCGACCAAGUGCUCCAAACAAUGGCGAAGAACAGGGUGAAUGCUGUGUGGAGACCUGUAAGCGCAAUCCCAGCGUGGAUGACAUCAAGCUCUAUCGACCGCCGGAGGAGUCCCAAGUGCUGACCAAAUGGGCGCAUAAUCUGCAGAUAGACAUCGCUCAGCUGCCUUCCAUGCGGAUCUGCAAUCUACACUUCGAAGCUCACUGCAUAGGCAAGCGAAUGCGUCCGUGGGCCAUACCCACGCUCAAUCUUGCCACUAAUGUAGAGAAUCUCUUUGAGAACCCCGAGCAGCAGAUGCUGUACAAGCGCCGCACCUCCCAUCUUAGCGUGCAAAGAGAAGGAAGUGGUGGAAGCAUUACCAAGCCCACCUGGGUGCCACGCUGCUGUCUGCCCCACUGCCGCAAGGUGCGCGCUUUGCACAACGUCCAGCUAUAUCGGUUUCCCAAACUCAAUCGCGCCACGUUGGCAAAGUGGGCGCACAAUCUGCAAGUUCCGAUGGUUGGAAGUGCUCAGAGACGUCUGUGCUCCGCGCACUUUGAGCCUCAUGUCCUUAGCAAGAAGUGCCCAGUGCCGCUAGCGGUGCCUACGCUCGAUCUCAAUACUCCACCAGGCUACAAGAUUUACCAGAACCCAGCCAAGAUCAAAGCAAACAAGCUGUGCAUGCAACGCGUCUGCAUUGUGGAGAGCUGUCGUCGGCAGCGUGGUCAGGGUGUCCAGCUCUUCCGGCUGCCCCACAACCCCACCCAGCUGCGCAAGUGGAUGCACAACAUACGCAUGCGACCGCGCGGUGCCAUGCGACAACAGUACCGCAUCUGCUCGCGGCACUUUGAGACGCACUCGUUCAAUGGCAAGCGCUUGAGUACUGGCGCCAUUCCGACUCUCGAGCUGGGCCAUCAGGACGACGACAUCUAUCCGAAUGAGGCGCAGUCGUUUGUCGAGGAGCACUGCGCUAUCGAGGGCUGUAACGCCUCCAAGGAUCAGCCGGAUGUGCGGCUCUUCCGGUUCCCCAACGACGACGAGGAUCUGCUGUGGAAGUGGUGCAACAAUCUGAAGAUGAAUCCAAUUGAUUGCAUUGGCAUGCGCAUCUGCAACAGGCACUUCGAGCCCGAUUGUAUUGGUUCCAAGCAUCUCUACAAGUGGGCCAUUCCCACGCUGAUGCUUGGACACGACGAUGUCCAGAUUGAGCUGAUAUCCAAUCCGAAGCCGGAAGCUCGUUACGUAGACCCAGUGUUUAAGUGCUGCGUUCCCACCUGUGGCAAGACUCGCAAAUUCGAUGAGGUGCAGAUGAAUAGCUUUCCCAAGGAUCCGGUCCUCUUCGAGCGCUGGCGCCACAAUCUCCGACUCGACCAUCUCAAUUUCAAGGAGCGCGAGCGCUAUAAGAUUUGUAAUGCUCAUUUUGAAGACAUAUGCAUCGGCAAGACGCGUCUCAAUCUAGGCUCCAUACCUACACUGGAGUUGGGACACGACGAGACGGAAGACCUGUACCGUGUGAAUCCCGAUGAGCUGCAGAGCAAUAUGUUUGGACGGCACCAGCGCGUGGGUAUUAAACAGGGGGAGCACUUUACUAGACAGGUGAAGUUCAAGCGAUCCACGCCCCAGCUCACGUGCUGUGUUCGCAGCUGUCCACGCAACAAAUGGGUAGAAAGCGGAGCUCGUUUGUUUCCCUUUCCCACGGGCAAGCAACAGCAGAACAAGUGGCGUCAUAAUCUCCGACUAAAAGCUGGCGAAGUGGAUAGGACGACACGUGUUUGCAGCGCCCAUUUCAAUCGCCGCUGCAUUGAUGGCAAACAGCUAAGAGGAUGGGCCAUGCCCACACUGCAGCUGGGCCACCAGGAGACGAACAUUUAUGAGAAUCCAAAGAACAUCCCGGGCUUCUUUACUCCCACCUGUGCGUUGGCCCAUUGUCGCAAAAGGCGGAGCAUUGACAAUGAUUUGCGCACCUAUCGCUAUCCGCGCAAUGAGGAGCUGCUUGAGAAGUGGCGUGUGAAUCUCCGCCUCGCACCAGAUCAAUGUCGCGGUCGCAUAUGUGCGGAUCAUUUUGAACCCAUGGUGCGUGGAAAGCUAAAGCUAAAGACGGGGGCAGUGCCGACGCUGAAGCUGGGCCACGAUGAGGGCGUAGUCUUCGACAACGAGGCUAUUAAGGCAGGCCUGCAGCAGCAGGAGGAGGAAGAGGAGCAUGAAGGUGGAGAGGUGGCGAACAGCUUGGACUCGCUUGUUAGGGUGAAGAACGAGCUAAAUGAAGAGGAUCAGUCAAUGGCAAACGACGAGCAGACAGAAGAACAGGAUGAUGAUGACGAGGAGCAGACGAAUCAUCAAUCAGAAGAAGAGGAGCAGCAAGAGCAUGGCUACUUUGAUCCCUUGGAGCUUGUAGAGACUUUUGCAGAGCAGCACAGCGAAGAUGAACAGCUCUACAAUAACGAAGAUGACGAGGUUGAUGACAACAUGGAAGAGGAGGAUAUACCCGGCAACGAUGAUGAGCUGUUGCUCCCCGAUACUCUACCUAUUCAAAUAGCUCUUCCUCCGAGACGUCAAAAGAGAACUGUGAAUAAUGUGACGCCCAUAUGCUGCCUUAAGCACUGCCGUAAGGAGCGUACUGCUACCCAUCAGCUAAGCACCUUCGGCUUUCCCAAGGAUCCGCAGCAACUGUUCAAAUGGAGUGCAAACCUGCAAAUAGAUAUAGACGAUUGUGUUGGGCGCGUUUGCAUUGAGCACUUCGAGGCGGAGAUGUUAGGCACGCGCAAGCUGAAGCAAAACGCUGUGCCCACCUUGAAUUUGGGCCAUGAUACACCCCUUAGCUAUCGUUGCAAUGGCCAAGCUGCGGACAUCCAUGAUGCGCAAUCACAGCAGCAUUCGGUUUUUCGGCUUUGGAGCCUGAAACACUGUCGCAAAAGGAAAGAUUUGUUCACGACGCCAACGACGCCAACGACGCCAACGACGCCAACGACGCCAACGACGACAACGACGCCAACGACGCCAACGACGACAGCGACGCCAACGACGACAGCGACGCCAACGACGCCAACGACGACAGCGUCGCCAACGACACCGGCGACGCCAGCGACGACAACGACGCCAGCGACGACAACGAUGCUAGCGACGACAACGAUGCCAAUGACGCCAGCGGUGACAACGACGACGACGACAAUGCCGGAAAAGUCGCCAACGACAACGACGACGACACUGACGGAAGCGUUCCCAACGACAACGACGAUGACGACGACGACGACAGCAAAUCUAGCAGCGAUGACGACUAAGCGCGUGUGCUGCGUGUCCAGUUGUGGAAAGGAAUGGCAGCUGCAUGCCGCUAACCUGCGACGCAUGCCAAGAGAUCGUUUGUUGCUGCGCAAGUGGCUGCACAAUUUAAAGCUGCCUACCAAUUUGAACCACAACCAGACGUAUGUGUGCGAGGAUCAUUUCGAGGAUCAGGCAGUGUUGCCCACCUUGCGCCUAGGCCAUACGGAUAGUAACAUUUAUCGUAGCCACAACUCAAUCAAUGGCAUUGGCUGCCUGGUGCCCAGCUGUCCAUGUGCUCGCCUCUCUCGUGGCUACCCCCUGCCCGAGCAUCCCCAAGUGCGAGAGGCGUGGCUGCAGUGGCUGCAAUUACCGCCUCGUUCUCCACAAACGUCGAGCCACGAGCAGCUGUGCAUCAUGCACUACAUGCAGCUGUUCGAGCAGGUGCCGUUGCCGGAGCAGUUACCUGAGAUAGUGCUGUGCGAGCUAAGGGAAACGUACGAGCUCAUCGCCACAUCCACCAUUGCCAUGGAGCUGCGCUGUUCAGUGCCCGGCUGCCAAACCAAAUUCACAGACAAAGUGCAUCUCACCAGGCUUCCAACAUGCCAACGUACCCGCGCCAAGUGGCUGCACAAUACGAAAAUUGACUACGAUCCGGAUCGCGAGCGCUCCUAUCGCAUCUGCUUACGGCACUUCGAGCCCCAUACCCUGGGCGCAGUGCGUCCUAGGCUAGGAGCGGUGCCUACACUGCACCUCAACCACAACGACCCGGAUAUUUAUAAGAAUCUCAAGCUGGAAGACAACGCUGAUGGCGCACUAACCCAGCAAGGUGUGCCUCUUGAAAUGCCGCUACGAAUCAAGACGGAGCUACCGCUUUACCUCUCCGUCAGUCCGACGGCCAGCGCGAGCGGAAGUCCAAGUCCUCGGGGUAAGCUGCGCACCUGUUGCAUUGCCAGCUGUGGCCAGCAGGAGAACGCACUCACCCAUCUGUUUCGCUUUCCCACUAUCGAGACUGCGCUGCGCAAGUGGCUGGUGAACACGCAGCAGCAGCCGCGUCUCGUGGAUACACAGCAUCUGUUUGUGUGCCAGGAACACUUCGAGCCAGACGCCAUUUACAAGAGGCAGUUGCGCAGCUGGGCGGUGCCGACGCUGAAGCUGGGUCACGAUGGUCAUAUCAUACCCAAUGCUCGGCACAAUGGCAACAUUGCUGACAACAAGGAGGAUAGGCAGGCGCUGCAGUACAUCUAUGCGAACUUCUGCUCCGUUCUCACCUGCUUUCAGCAGCGCAGCGACCAGCUGCGCCUCUUUGCUUACCCUACGGAUCGGCCCACCCUGCGCCGAUGGGCUGCCAAUUGCAAGCAUCGUUCCAUGCAGGCCAGCAGCGAUGGAUUUCAGGUGUGCCAGUCUCAUUUCGCGGACGACUGCUUCGACCCUGAAUCUGGGCAACUGAAGGAGGAUGCUGUGCCCACUCUCGAACUGAGCCGACCCAUCUACGAGAUGCGCUGCUUAGUCAAUGGCUGCGUUAUGGAGGAGGGUGCAAAGCGUCCUCGCCUAUUUAAAAUACCAAAGCGGACACAUCAGAUGGAGGAUUGGUGUCAUAACUUGCGCAUUGAUGCGGCGUCUUUGGUGGGCCAGGAGCCGCAUGUCUGUGAACGGCACUUCGAGGCGCACUGCUUCAAUGCGGACAAUCUGUUACGCCAAGCUGCACGACCCACACUUCAUUUGGGCCACGAUGACCUGCUAGAUGUGCUGCCCAAUCCGGCCAGCUGGGAGGAGGAAGCCCACGUAUGCGUUGUGCCCAGCUGUGGACGCUCGAAGGAUGCGGAUAACGUGCAGUUAUUCGGGCUGCCAAAGUCGAAGUUUCUAGUGGAGAAAUGGCUGCAGAAUUUCCGCCUCGAUCCUAACAAGGUUCCAGUGAAAGGCCGUCGCAUAUGCAGCGUGCACUUCGAGCCCAGCUGCAUAGACAGUGACCGUCUACGUGUAGGUGCCAUGCCUACACUCCACUUGGGACACGCUGAGACAGAUAACAUACACGAAAGCAUCAAAGAGCUGCCAAUGUCGGCUCGGUCCCGGCGUUUUCGUAUCCACUGCGACUGUUGCUACCCAGAUUGCGUGGAACUGCAAAAGGGCUUUCAGAAAAUUACCUACGAUUUGCCACAAGGGCUGGCACUGCGUGAAACAUGGCUGUCGUAUCUGGGAUUAGAGGAACUCGAUCAGCAGCAGCCGCUCAAACUCUGCCCGCUGCACUUGAUUAUGCUGUACGAGGAGUUCCCUGAAUCGGCGGAGGAGGAACUGCUCACAUCCAGCUACGAAGCUGCUCGCAACAGUGUGCGCAUUCGCAUCGCCAGCUGCGCUGUGCGUGGCUGCAGGACUCUAAGGCCUAGAGAUGAGCAUUGCCUGCACUUGUCGCCCACGCGCCGUGAUGUGCUCGAGCUGUGGCUGGACAACAUGCGGAUACCUUACAAUGAUAAUGAGCGUUACAAGUUUCGGGUGUGCGGCAGGCACUUCGAGUCCAAUUGCCUAGUGGAGAAGGCGCGACGACUAAAGUCCUGGAGUGUGCCUACGUUGGAGUUGCCAGAGCCACCAGUGCAUCAGAAUCCUACGGAGGAGCAGUGGCAACGCAUGAAUGAGCAACUAUCCGCACUGCAGGCAUUGGAAGCCAGUGUUGAGCUGAAUGAUAAGCAGAAGCAAAGGGAAAUGCGGAAUAUAAAAUAUGCGAUGCAUAAGCACGAAAUACUGGAGCAGGAGGACGACCAGGGGCAGGAGGACGAGCAGGAACAGGAAGAGUCGCAAAUCAAACUGGAAUCACAGCUCAAGCAGGAGCCUCUAUCUGUGUACGAAGAUGACUAUUAUGAAGAGCAGCCGCAAGAGAUGCAGGAGCUGGAGGUGCUACUCGAGGUGGGGCACGUAGAGAAGUGCACCACCUAUGAGCAGAUGGACACAGAGCCCUCCAUAAGUUAUGCCGAACAGCCGUCGCAUAAUCCUUCAGGUCCGUCACAUCCACUAGGUAGCGGAGCAGUAAACGGCAAUAGCUCUCGCUACAGCGCGAGGCAUUGCAGCGUGCGAGGUUGCAGUGUGACGGUGCUGGAUGUGGACGGCAAUCUGAAGUUGCACAAGUUUCCCACAUCGAUAGAUGCUAUGGAGAAGUGGAUGCACAAUACCCAGGUGAAUGUAGACAUCAACUUUGCGUGGCGCUUUCGCAUUUGCAGCUAUCAUUUUGUCCCUGAGUGCUUCAAUGGAUCGCGCAUUAGACGUGGAGCCAUGCCCACGUUGCGUUUGGGGUCCCGCCGUCCUGCGCGUAUCUAUGAUAACGAAUUCAAUGUUCAGCAGGAACCGACGGAAGCGAAUGCAGUGGAAGAGCAGUCUCUACUGCCUGUUGGGGACUCCACGCUUGACAUAAAAUUGCGCCUGCCCUGUCCCGCUCCGCCUCGCAAAUCCAGCAAGUUCUGUCAGAUCGACGGCUGCUCGAAUCAUCUGACCAGUGAAAAUUUAACACUUCACAAGUUCCCACACUCGGCGGACAUGUGCGCCAAGUGGCAGCACAACACGCAGGUGCCCUUCGAUCCAGAGUACCGUUGGCGCUAUCGCAUCUGCAGCGCACACUUUGAACCCAUCUGCCUGGGCAACAUGCGACUGAUGCAAGGCAGUGUGCCCACCCUGAAGCUGGGGCCCCGCGCACCUAAGCAGCUCUUUGACAAUGACUUUUUGGUCAUUGGCUUGCGCUCGGAUAAGGAUAUGCAUAGCGAACAAAACUUCACUGUAAAGCAUGAGCAAGCGCAGCCAUUCGAGGAGGAUGAUUCGGUGCAGGCACAGGAGCAGGAGGCGGAACAGGAACAGGACUUAAGUAUGCUAGAGCCACAACUCCAAUUGCAUGAAGGUCAGGAAGAGGUGGAGCAUGAGGACAAUUAUUUGAACUGCAAUAACAAUUGGAAUGAGCGCAGCAUUAAGCAGGAGAAGUGCAGCGACAACAGCUACUAUAAUCCGGUCAAGUCGGGCUAUGACAAGUGCUCCCUAAUCCAUUGUCAGCGCCAGCGCUCACAGCAUGGCGUGCACAUCUAUAAAUUUCCACGUUCCCGCCAGCUUCAGCAACACUGGAUGCACAAUUUGCGUAUCCGAUACGACGAACGGCGACCAUGGAAGACCAUGAUAUGCAGCGCGCACUUUGAGCCGCGAUGCAUACGACUAAGAAAGCUCCGUCCCUGGGCAGUGCCUACCUUGGACCUGGGCGAAAAUGUGCCGGAGCAACUCUACACGAACGAGCAAAGCCAGCAGCAGAUGGAGGUGGGUAGCGAAGGUGAGGCAGACGGCUAUGAUUAUGAUGUGGACGAUACUAUGUUGGAGGAUUACAACGAUGAUUACGAAGACAAUGGGUCGGAGCAGCUGCCUGCGGAACCACAGCUCAAACGAGAGCGUCCUUCACGCUGCGAUCCCUGCCCUCCUGGCCAGUUGCAGCCAUGGAAAAUAAAACAAUGCUGUUUGCCCCACUGUCGCAGGCCACGAGGCGAUGGCAUCAAACUCUUCCGACUGCCCAACAACAUUGGCGCCAUACGUAAAUGGGAGCAGGCGACAGGCAUGCGCUUUAUUCCAUCGCAGCGCAACACUAAGCUCAUCUGUAGCCGUCAUUUUGAUCCGCAACUGAUUGGCGUUCGUCGCCUUUUCACCAAUGCCGUGCCAACAAGGAAUCUUGGUCCAAAUAUUAAAGAGCCGGAGCUGCCUGAGUUGCCGGAAUGUACUCCACGCUGUUGCAUCACUGACUGCGAACACAAUGGAUUAGUCAAGCUGCAUAAGUUUCCAAGUGAUCCUUUGCUGCUUCAUCAAUGGUGCCAAGCCCUAGAUUUGCCGGAGGUACAACGCUACUCUGGUAAACACAUUUGUGCAGUCCAUCUACCUGCGAAGGCAUUCAGUUGCCUCAUUUGUGGCGUUGAGGAUGUGCAGCUGCCCAUGCAAGACUUCCCCGAUAACCGCAAUCAGCGAGUCAAGUGGUGCUAUAAUCUUAAAAUCGAACCCAUUGCCAAGUGGGACAAUACGAAACACAUCUGCUCUAAACACUUUGAGAGUUAUUGUUUCAUAGAGCCGGGUCGUCUGCUCCCGGACGCAAUGCCUACAUUGCAUUUGACGCACAAUGAUAACAACAUAUUUCUCAACGAGUAUGCUAUGAACAAUCCUAAGAUGCUCUGCAUCAAGGAUGAGCCCCUAGAAAGUGACGAUUUGAUGCUAUAACAGUAGCACUCUAAGCCGAAAGUAU